GUUAAUGAAUAAGAUACGUUGUAAGCAAACAGGUUAUGUUUUCUAACUUCUUUGUUCAAUGGACUAAAAUGAUACCGUAAGUUGCGUCUUAUAAGUAAAAUUACUUUUAUGUGAAGUGACUCUACGAUAUGUUUCCAAUUCAUUUUGGUACAAAUGCACGUUACUUUGCGCCUGCUUGUACUAUGAAUGUCUUGUGUGAACUGCAUAAACUGGAAUUCCUUUAGAGAAACAAUGUGCUUACCAGCCUCAGCAGCCUGACUACCGUUACGCGGUUGCAUGGUUGAUUGCCCAUCCACCUGCAGUACUAGUUGCUUACUUCAAUGACCACCGGCACCACGGUCCGUUCGGGUACGCCAAAGCUGGCGGGUUUGGUGCAGAUAACCGAUCAUCUGUACCUGAGCAACAGCAGGGCUGCAAACGACAUCGUGAUGGUGUCUGCAUGCAAGAUCACCUGCAUUAUUAACGCCACCGAAGACGCCACCAGCGUCCCCGUACCCGAAGUUGAAUACGUCCGGGUACCCGUGGCUGACUCGCCGGACGCCCGGCUCGGCGAUCAUUUCGACACGGUGGCUGAUAAAAUCCAGCGGGUUGCAGAGCAGUGCGGACGUACUCUGGUGCACUGCAAGGCUGGUGUGAGCCGUUCGGCGGCGCUCUGCCUCGCCUACCUGAUGAGACACAGCGGCAUGACACUCGUGGAGGCCCAUCGUCGAGUCAAGUCUCUCCGACCGAUCAUCAGACCCAAUGCCGGCUUCUGGAAGCAGCUCAUUGACUACGAGUUCAAAAUUCAUGGGAAAGAAACAGUAAAAAUGCUCAUGUCCCCUGUUGGAGAAGUGCCAGAUUUAUAUGAAGGAGAAACAAGGGGGUUGAUACCUUUUUAAUAUUAAGCUUGUGAAAUUUUUUCUGGGUUCUCUUGUCGAUUGAAGAUAUCUCCAAGUUCACUGCCUCGAGGGACCAGCUGAGUUGCUCCCUCUGCUGCAACGCUGUGAGGCAGAUAUAUAGAUGAUGCCAGGAGGCCUCUGUGUUUCCCACAAGUGCGCUGUUUAGCCUGCAGCCAACAGCAGAUGGCGCUGCAGAGAGGGAGGGAUGCAGGCCAUCCCUUUGUAAAUCAUCUUACGGAGGAGGGGUCAGAUCAUAUUCCUCAGACAGACAGCGAGGGGGGUCAAUCGUGAGGUCCUUCUUUAGGAUACACCCUGACCCUGCUUUAACAAGUAGACCACUGACGAGUCCCAUUCUGUGGAGCUCAGUACCCUUGCCAAAGCCCCAGAAAUCUGCAGGGGCCCUUUGCCCAUCCUUCAGUUAGUGGAUAAGCCGUUUGUAUGUUUUUUUUGUGUUACUGUUCAAUGUAUGUUUUACUUGUGAAAUUUUACAUUUUAAGAAAUACAGCUACACAUUGAAAGAAUGACAAUUUAACCCCUUUUCAUUUUAGUGCAAUCAUUUUCUGUAUGACUUUAUCAGUCUUUCACAUCUUUUUUUUUUAUAAUUUUUUUAUUGGGUUUUUGUUUGCAUUACAAAACAAUGAAACUAUUGCAACACAUCACAAACAGAACCAAUAACAUUCACGUACAUACGCACUCACACACACUCACACACAUUUGCACAAUCCUCAUUUCAAUGUAUAAUUUUGCAAAAUAAAAUCAAUGCAAAAGUUUGAAAUAAAAUAAAAUAGGUCUACGUAAA